CUUGAGGGCAUCCGCGAUGAUGUAUCGAAAUAUGCCCGCGCCGUGGUGAGAGACUGGCGCUCAGUCGCCCCACGUCUUUUGUCCGGCGUUACUCCGGGGCAUCUCGCCCUCUCUGUGGUUUGCGACAUCGACCCCGGACACCCAGAGGCUCGACCGCUGGCCGAGUUGGUCGUGGCACCCAUCCUCCUCCUCCCGCCGGGCCACCUCCGAAAAUGCAACAUCCGGCUAGCCAUGACACCGGACGGCAGGCUCCAGCAGCUCGCAAAGGAUGCGGUGUGUCGUUCCUGCGGAAUUGCCACCGAUCCCUUGCCGCUGCCGCCCAACGCCGAUCCGGUUCUGACUGCCCUCCCACGCGAGCUCCGCCUCCGGAUCCUCGAGUAUACCGACCUCGUCACUCCAACGAGACAGGUCAUGUGGAGCGGACAGGACCGCGCAUAUAGUGUGUUCGCCUUCGCAUACUCGGACAGAGGCAUCGCCGACGAAAACCACAGGGCACAAUUUUUCAGGUGUUGGAUAGGAGAGGACCUGGCACCAGAGCCACCGAGCCCCGGCUGCUUCUGCCGCCGCCAUCACGCCGCCUUUUCGCCGGCCUGUAAAUGCUGGGUGCCCCCCGGUCCUUCCCUUUUCCUCGUCUGCCGUACCCUGUACGAGGACGCCCAGUAUGUUUUCUUCUCCAAGAAUCGCUUCACCGUCCAUGACUACAAGAUAUCCCCGCCCUGGGCCCUGCCCUUCGUUGAGGAUUGCGAAGAGGACGAGCUCCCACCCAAAUACCCGUAUCCGAACGAGCGCUUUGCCGCCUCCCACUUCCUGCGGGAAAUCAUCCCCGCGCCCUCCCUCGCCCACCUCCGAUUCCUCGAGCUGGUCUUUCCCCCUUACCGCCCCGGCAGCUGGCCCGAGACGCAUCACCCUGCCAUGCAGGACUGGCGCGCAACCAUCGACUGGCUCCGGCCCAGGAUUAACACACGCAGGCUCACGCUUCAGCUGGCCGUGUCAAACGUGGGUGACAUUGCGCUGGAACCGUAUUACCGGCCGAUAACGGCCGAAGAAGCCCGGGACAUGUUGAAGGCAUACAUGGACCUCGUGCAGCCCCUGGCACGGCUCGCCGACGACGGGCUUGCCCGCUUUUAUGCCCACUUCCCCCACCCACAGCAGUGGACCGAGGAGUUCAGGUUUAAUAGCACCUCGCAUGAUUGGGAUCGGUUGCGGCGCGCAGAGCUCGCCCUCAAGGAGCAUGCCGAACGUUGCGUUCUGGGCUCCCGGUACGACAGCCUCCACGCUGACGGCAAGGAGGAGCCGAGACUCGGCGAUUGGCAAGAAAUGUACUGGGAUUGUUAA